CCAUGAUCAGAACACUGGCAAGAUAAACAAGUUGUAAGAGAGAGAGUAAAACUAGAGUGUUGUUGAGAGAUGGAGGCAUACACAAAGCUUGUUCUUGUGGCUUUGGUGGUGGCUAUGGCCUUCGGGAGCGAGCCCGUGGAGGCGGCCUUUGGUCAGUCCAUAUGCGGCAUGACAACCGAUGGUCUCAUGUCGUGCAAGCCAUCUGUGGCUGCAGGGGUGAACCCUUUGCCGGCGCCUACGCCUGCCUGUUGCUCUGCCCUUUCUAAAGCUGACAUGCAAUGCCUGUGCUCUUUCAAGAGCUCCAGUCUGUUGCCUACUCUCGGCGUCGACCCGGACCUCGCCAUGCAACUCCCGGCUAAAUGCAACCUUGUCCAGUCAGUGAUCCAUUGCUGAAGUUUAAUGAACUAAUUAUAUGUCCAACUGGAUAAUGGCCUUCUAUUGUUUUUUGUUUGUUUGCUCUGUUGCUUAAUUGUUGUGUGAUUGAGUCUUCACUUUGUAAGUUGUCAUGCUCUUCCUUGUGUUUUAAGUUAUGUUGUAAUAAGUCAUGGCCAUUUGAUUUCUUCAAAGUGAAUGCAUUUAUUGUGCAAGUGUGAAA